ACAAUCACUGAUGGAAGAACAGGUGAAUGAUCACUUGCAGAGAUACCUGGAUGAGAUUUGCCACCUCAAACAGCAUCUGGCAUGCACUGAAGAGAAAAUGGCCUAUUUGUCCUAUGAAAGAGCCAAGGAAAUAUGGGAUGUAAUGGAGACUUUCAAGAGCAGAAUAACCAAGCUAGAAACUCUACAGCAAGCUACCCAACUGGAAAUGAUGGCUAGCCUCAGAACCCGUCCCAAGGACUUUUUGUUCAGAUUCAUAAGCCUGCUUCUCACUCUGACUACUAUCCUCUUGGUCAUGGUCUCUACAUUGUGUUCUUGCCCCUUGCCCUUGCUCAACUCACGCCUGCGCAUCUUCAUUGUAUUUAUGAUCAUUGGGCUUGGGACCUUGGCCUGGCAGAAGCGGCAUGCCAUCUCUAUUAUUGACUGGCAAGCCUGGAUCCCCUUUAAGUGGAGACCAGACUUAAAGGAUGCUAAGCCUCCAUCAGAUGGACACUGAAGGCCAAGAAGUGCCAUUCAUCUGAAUUUCUUCCUUCCUUUCAGUUGUCGAGGGCACCCAGUAAGACGUCUUAGAAAACUACUUUGUUGCUCUCAUUUUCUUAAUUCUGUAACUGCAAGCCCAGUGAGAUACAUGCAGAUGCCAACUUGCCU